CCAUCUUUACUAUUCAUUGCGAGGUCAAGCAUCGCGUGCGUGGACUUCGCUACCCGUUGUUUUAUUUUCCUUUAACGGAAGGGGUUAGGGUCAGAUAAGUCUCACAAUGGCAGAUAAGAUGGAUAUGUCUUUAGAUGAUAUCAUCAAACAGAAUAAGAGUCAGCGAGGGGGUGGCGGUCGCGGUGGAAGAGGUGGCCGCGGCCGGGGAGGUGCAGGCGGGGGUCGCGGUGGUGGCGUCGGGCGACUUGGAGGCUCCGGUGGCUUUGGAGGCCGAGGCGGUGGAUCAGGCCCCAUGAGGAGUCGACAGAACCUGAGCCGCGGUAGAGGCAGACCGACACCGUACAGCAGGCCCAAGCAGCUCCCCGACAAGUGGCAGCACGACAUGUUCGACAACGGCUUCAGCACCAUGGGCGGCGGCGGCGGAGGAGGCGUGGAAACCGGCGGCAAGCUGCUCGUGUCCAACCUCGAUUUCGGAGUGUCGGACGCAGACAUCCAGGAGCUGUUUGCGGAGUUCGGCACCCUGAAGAAAGCGGCGGUUCACUACGACCGGUCCGGCCGGAGCCUCGGCACAGCUGACGUCCACUUUGAGAGGAGAGCAGACGCCCUCAAAGCCAUGAAGCAGUACAACGGCGUCCCCCUCGACGGUACGUAAACACAGGACCUCGGGUCAAGC